AAGGAAGGAAGGAAGGAAGGAAGGAAGGAAGGAAGGAAGGAAGGAAAAGGUUCCUCUGGUGUCUUCUUGCCCUUUUUCUCGCCAUCCAAUCCACCCUCUUCCCCGCUAUGCUGCCCCUCUCAUCAGCUCUGCUCUCAUGUUUUGCCCAGGCUGUGAGGUGGUACCUGAUGUCAAUGUCUCUGGGCAGAAAUUCUGCAUCAAGCUCUUGGUGCCUUCGCCAGAGGGCAUGAGUGAGCUCUACCUGCGUUGCCAAGACGAGCAACAAUAUGCCCAGUGGAUGGCUGGCUGCAGGCUGGCCUCCAAGGGGCGCACCAUGGCAGAUAGCAGCUACCAGAGCGAGGUGCAGGGCAUCUUGGCCUUCCUUAGCCUGCAGCGGACAGGGGGAGGCGGAGGGACUGACCCCGCCAACCCCCAGGGCCCUGACGCCAGUGGGGAGGUCCUUAACCCUCAUGGUCUCGUUGCCCCUCGAUUCCAGAGGAAGCUAAAAGCCAAACAGCUGACCCCGCGGAUCCUGGAGGCACAUCAGAACGUGGCCCAGCUCUCUCUGUCGGAGGCCAAGCUCCGCUUCAUCCAGGCCUGGCAAUCCCUGCCGGACUUUGGCAUCUCCUACUUCAUUGUCAGGUUUAAGGGCAGCAGGAAGGAUGAGAUCUUGGGCAUCGCCAACAACCGCCUGAUCCGCAUCGACCUGGCUGUGGGUGACGUCAUCAAGACUUGGCGUUUCAGCAACAUGCGUCAGUGGAAUGUCAACUGGGACAUCCGCCAGGUGGGAGGGGGCUGGGAGGAGGAGGGGGACCACAUUGGG